UAAUGCAGUCCUCGAUGUCCAGUAUCAUUUCAUCAUGGACGGAGCUGUGGUGCACGCGCUUCUUCUCAUGUUUCUAAUAGCACAUUGCAGAGCACAGUACAAAGAUCUGCCCGGCUGCAAUAAGGAGGCUCUGGAAGCCUGCGGCACAGACUUUGUUCUAUUUGCAAAUACUACGCACUUGGCUGAAGAUGGCGAUAAGAUCAAAGAAAGCUGCAAAUUACACCUGAAACAACUCGAAUGUGCAGACGAGUUCUGUAGCCGCUGCCUCCUGGGUUUCUCCCGUGCUGCUGCGCUUCUGGGUGUCAGGUCUGCGUACGAUUUUUUUGAAGAGAAAUGCACCGAGUCAUCCGAACUACAUCGGCAGUACCUUAGAGUUGUAAGUUGCUUGAACAAAGCGGGCCCCGAGAUUCACCGGGAGGUAACAGAUGUCCGCCUGAGACUCUACACUAUCACUAAGACCAUAUCGGGCAGAGACAAGGUAGACUACGCAUGCUGCACCUACUACGACUUCCACAAGAUGACAGCUGACGCCAUCGACUCGCACUGCGCCGAUCCCGAGGCACGGAACUUCUACUUGACUUUGAUGGAACGAAGCUUCGGCGAGUUGUUGGGCUUGGCUUGCGGCGAAUACACGCAAGGUUCUUUGGCGUGCAAAAAAUUGGGCAAAGUGACACCUCUGGAAGGCUUGAAAUCGGAGGAUGCUCGGAGCUUUGUCGGGCCCAUGAUCGAUAUUAUACAUUCAUUGGGACUGGGCUCCGGUUGAUGCUAUGGAAUGUAUUGUGUGUAAAUAUUCUAUUUGUCUAGGCGUCGUCGGGACGGUGAGUCUCGCCGUCUAUCGACCACAAACGGCAACUAACGUUUCAUCCGGCGCUUUCAGGGAUGAUCUCCGCAGGUCCAGUACUUGUACAAAAAUAAAUAAGGUAUCAGCUGCGUCUUGCGUAUUUCUUCCUUUUGUUUUUUUUGCAGACGACGACGAUUUCACGCGAGCAGCCUCGAGUCAGUCCAACAUGUCUGCCGUGUGGUCGUUGUACCUACCGCUCUUCGUUGUCUGUCUAUCAAUUCCUCGUUCCGGAGCUCAAGAGGACGACAGCAAGUGCUUACCGAAAUCUCUCGACAAGUGUGGCUCAGAUUAUUUCCUCUUCAAUCACCAGGAAAAGAUCGCUACGGGAGAUAUGGAAACGAAGAAGCAAUGCGAUUUGUUCAUGGAUCAAAUAACUUGCACGAACCAGGUCGUCAAAUCCUGUUGGAGUCUGCUCUUUAGCACUAUCGUCUCCAGAAUUCUGCAUGACUUAUUUACCUACAUCGACGGAACAUGCACUUCUGGUUCUCCUCUCAAUCAACUGUACAAGGACGCCACGGGGUGUCUCAACAAGGCAGGUCCCUCGAUUCACAAAGAGACCCAGGACUUCCGGAUGCGUCUCCACUCGGUGGCCAAAGAUGUGUCUUACAAAGACAGGAUCGACUACGCUUGCUGCGCAUACUCCACGUUUCGUAAACAGGCAAUGGACGUCGUAAACAAGGAGUGUCCCGGAGACGACAAAGCCAUGCGUCUGUACGACGACAUGUUCAAUCAAACCGUCGGGCGCGGAAUCAUGCCCGCGUGUGCUGGAUUCGACUGGGAUACCAUGUGGUGCAAGGCCCUUCCCCAGGUAUCCUCCACUGUGGAUGCAAAACAAACCGAGGGCCUCGCAGGUCCCAUCCACGAUAUCCUCAAGUCGUGGGAGAUCAAGUACACCUGAAUCGUUCUCCUCUCUCAACGCGUGGCCAAGAAGACGUUGAUAACAUCUGGUUGCGAGGGAGAGGUUGCUGUCUGGGAGAGAGGGAAUAAAGUUACCCCUGCUUGAA